AUGGAUUUGAUCCGGCGGGCCACCAAGGGGGUCUCCAAUGAUCCGCCCCUUCCGCUUCCUGUCGACGAGAAGAGGGGGAAGAAGAGCGACUCUCGCAUGGCAUUCUUUCGAAGACCCUUGCGCUUGCGGGGGAACUCGACCAUUUCGGUGCCGUUGGGGAUUGUCAUAUUCUUCCCUAUGCUGGUGCUCAUCUUGAUAUUCAUUCUCUUCGUGAGCCACCCGAGCUCUCCCGCAAGGUUCUUGAUACCCGGGGGGGCUGCCCCAGCUAUGCGAAAAAUCAGCGAAAAGUACGAUAAGGUCUUCGUCGAAGGCUGUGCCGAACCCGACAUGUCGAAGCCCCGUGCCAAUGCUGCCUUCGUUAUCCUUGCGAGAAAUAAGGAGAUUGACGGCGUUAUCCAGUCGAUCAAGUCUGUCGAACGCCACUUCAACCGAUGGUACCACUACCCCUACGUCUUCCUCAACGACGGCGACUUCGACGACAACUUCAAGGAAACGAUCCGAAAUCACACAUCUGGGGAGGUCGAGUUUGGCAAGGUCGGACCUGACAUGUGGGGAUUCCCCGACUGGAUCGACCCCGCGGUUGCACAGGAAGGCAUUGCGAAGCAGGGCGAUGCUGCCGUCAUGUACGGCGGGCUUGAGAGCUAUCACAAAAUGUGUCGCUUCUACUCUGGCUUCUUUUUCAACCAUCCCCUUCUGCUGAAAUACGAGUGGUACUGGCGAGUCGAGCCCGAAAUCAGUUAUUUCUGUGACAUCACAUAUGAUCCCUUCUUGAAGAUGAUCGAAAACAACAAAACGUACGGAUUUACCAUCGCCGUCAAGGAACUCCGCGAGACCGUCCCCAAUAUUUUCCGAUAUGCCUCCGCUUACAAGCGCCUCAACAACCUAACCUCUCAAGGUCUUUGGGAAAUGUUUGUCGAACCUCCGGAGGAGCAGGAUGAAGAGUCACCGAAGGACUCUAUUCCGCCAACUAGCCCGAAGAAAAACACCAAGCCCAUCAUCGAUGGCGAAUCCAUGGAAGGCGAAAAGUACAACAUGUGCCAUUUCUGGUCCAACUUUGAGAUUGCGAAGCUCAGCUGGUUCCGCAGCAAGGAGUACCAGGAUUUCUUUCAGAUGAUGGACCGCAGCGGUGGCUUCUGGAUGGAACGGUGGGGCGAUGCGCCCAUUCACUCCCUCGCUGCCGGCGCUCUCCUAGGCCCCAGGGAUAUCCAUUACUUCCGAGACUUUGGAUACCGACAUACCACUAUCCAGCACUGUCCCUCAAAUGCCCCAGGCCUUCAGCUUCCCCGCGAGUCCUAUCUAGAACAGACGACGCUCAAUGAUCGUACACGCUUCGAGGAGGACGACUACUGGGAACACUGGGACACCCCGCAAGAAGGGGGUGUUGGCUGCCGGUGUAGGUGCGACACUGACGUCGUCGACGUGGAAGGCAAGGAAGGAUCCUGCCUUGCCGAAUGGGUGGAUGUUGCAGGCGGCUGGGCGCACCCAUAA